GACGGGCAGUGCGGCGCGCGCUAGCGUGGGGUGAAGUGUCUGUGGCGGGCGCCGGGGAAUUGGUCUGUCGAGGUGCAUUUGAGAAGCUCACUUACUUGGAUUGUUGGUUUUGUGCGGCUCUAUUCCAAGAAGGACUGCUGUACUAGCGCUGAUCAUACGACAAAGGAACAAGGAAGGCAUCACUCGUCCACAGCAGACUGCCUCCAAUCCUGCCUGAAAGUCCUAUACCUCUAAAGCUUCCAUGUGCAUUUAGAUCUGCCUUUUCCUCCCAUAUUACGCUCCGAAGAUUCAUGAAGAAUUGGCUCCCACAUCAUCAGAGCUGAUUUAGUCCAACACAUCAUUGUAAAGCUGCAUGAUGGAAACUGGCUGUGAAUAGGAUCUUGGCCGCUUGCUCCUAUGUGCUGGGACGUCAUGACCGAGCCAGCUCUGCAGAUGCUGGUGGAUGAGUGCUUGCUCACUAUCACAGGGAACAUUGAACAUGGAAAGGAUGUGCAUGGAGCAAAGAAAAGCAAGAGCAGCAAGGCCAGUGAUGUGCUACCUCGGUCCUUCCUCAAGAAGAGCAGAAUGAAAGACACAUUGGAAAGUUUAUUGGAGACAAGUGAUAAUGUGUCAUAUAGUAAAAUUAUCACUGCCAUAGCAAGUUCCCUUUUGAAAAGUAGCAGUGAGAUAUUGUUUCCAGCACCAGAACAUUCAGAAGAAGGAGGAGCUAGUGCACAGCAAAUAUCUCCCAACCAUCAUGACAGGCUGAAGUAUGCUCACCCAUUUUCUUGUCCUAUCUGUGAUUUUGUGCUGAGUGAACCUGUGACUCUUCUCUGUGGACAUACUUACUGCAAAAAGUGCCUAGUGAAGUGGAAGCCAAAUGCUUGCAGACUGUGUAAAAGGAAGCUCUAUGCAUGUGAAUUUAACAGUUCAAAAGCCAAUGUGCUAAUUUCUAACCUCAUCAAACGGUGGUGGCAACCUGAACUAAGCGCCGAAGUCACCAGAAGUAAAGGGAAUCAAAGUGUAAAGGUUGAAGACUAUGGCAGUGCUCUACAAUACUACACUGAUGCCUUGGAGUUGGCACCCCACGACCACAUCACGCUGAGCAACCGGAGUCACGUGCUGAACAAGCUGUCGCGCAACUCGGAGGCUCUCCGCGAUGCCGAGUCGGCUAUCCAGCUGCAGCCCUUCUGGGCCAAGGGCUACUUCCGCCAGGCGGCCGCUCUGAGGAGCCUGGGCCGGCUGGAGGACGCGCUGGUGGCGUACGUGCUGUGCGCCGCGCUCGAGGAGACGCCCUCGGCCGUGCUCACCGAGCUGCAGCUGCUGUUGAAGCGCAUUCUGCGGCGGCGGCAGCACUCGGACGGCCACGUCAGCAAGCAGCGGCGGUGCAGUGACUCGGAAGCAGACCUGAUGCACCACAGCGACGACAGCAACUCCAGCACGGACGUGCCGUGCGCGCGCACUGAGAGCCGCACCGUAUCGGUGGAUCAUAAGCUGCUGCGCAUCAUGGAGCGCUGCCACGCGGCCGUCAAGGCCCUGAAAAGGCGCGAGGGGAAGCAGCACGUGCGGACUGUGGCGGACGGCCAGGCGAGCCGGGACGACUUCGAGUGUUCGCUCUGCUACCGGCUGCUCUGGCACCCGACGUCCACCCCGUGCGGCCACACCUUCUGCCGCUCGUGCAUCGACCGCUGGCUGGAUCACAGUCCCACCUGUCCGCUCUGCAAGAUGGCUCUGGACGAGUUUCUGGCCGAUCGGGGCCGCGCCACCACCACCUUCCUCCACUACGCCAUGGAGACGCUGCUGGCGGUGGAUAUGAGCGAGCGACAGCGCGUGCACGAGGAGGAGAUGCUGGCCGACUCGCUGGCCGGCCAGGACCUGCAGCACGAGAUCCCGGUGUUCGUGUGCACGCUGGCGUUCCCGACGCUGCCGUGCCCGCUGCACGUGUUCGAGCCACGUUACCGGCUGAUGGUGCGACGCAGCAUGGAGAGUGGCACCCGCGAGUUCGGCAUCUGCAUGCCGAGCAGCUCCGACGCGCACGGGUUUGUCGACAUCGGCGUGAUGCUGGAGAUCCGCGACCUGCGCUACUUCCCCGACGGCCGAAGCGUCGUCGACGCCGUCGGCUCGCGGCGCUUCCGCUGUCUGGAGAAGGGUCAGCGCGACGGCUACUCGACGGCGCGCGUCGAGUUCCUGGUCGAUCAGACCGUGCCGCCCGAGGGCCUGCAGGAGCUACAGACGCUGCACGACCAGGUGCGCGGCCUGGUAGAGACCUGGUGGACGGAGCACUUCCGGGAGCGGCGCGACGAGCGGGCGCGCGUCGUCUCCUUCUUCGGGCAGAUGCCCAACGUGGAGACGAGCUACUGGACGCUGCCGUCGGGCCCCUCCUGGCUGUGGUGGACGCUGGCCAUCCUGCCGGUGCGGUCUUCGCUGCAGCUGGAGGUGCUGGCGAUGACGUCGCUGAAGCUGCGCCUGCGUGUCAUCGGCCGCAUGCUGCGGCGGCUGGCGCCGGCCGCCUGACUCGGUCUGGUCGCCGGUGCCCGGCCGGAAUCGGGCCCCGGCGGCCGUACCCUCUGACUGGCGGGCCCCCGCGCCCCCGCGCCGCCCGCCGGCCUCGCGCGUCGUCCGCGCCGGAGCCGCCUCGCGUCGCGGGCAGGUCGGCGGCGCGAGGGGCCGCGGCGAUAGCGGGGCUCGUGGACGGAAGAUCCCGACCGCGGCGUGAUGUGAGAGGGCGGUUCCCGCGGGAGGACAGGGAGAGAGCGCGAAGUGGAUAGUCUCGACAAAUGUACUCGUCCGUCAGGGCUGUAGUGUAGUUUGGUGCCUCGUCGUGUAUGUACCCUGGUGUUUAGCUCACCUUCCUUUGAUUUAUUAGAUUUGUAUGCAAAGCCGUGAAACGUGGAAGAAUUGACUCUCAUGACUCUGUUACGUGUUCUGAUAUUUGUGAACAAAUAAACUUUGUUUUCGA